CCAACUGCCCUACGGGUCCUCUAGGAGCGAAAAAAAAAGUUUCUAACAAAAAAACUCUGCCUUUCUUCCUCUCUCUCUUUUCUCAACAAUGGCUACCUCAUUGUCAAAAACCAGAUCGAGCGGUCCAGUCCUACGCUCUCUCUCGCCCCCCGGCAGACUUUACUAUUCCAACGCUCCAAACUCUUCUUUUUCUUCGUCCUCUUCAGUCUUCGCUUCCUACACAAGCUCCAGUUUCUCUUCACCGUCAACAACUUUCUUCCACCAUGACCUUCACAGACAUCACUACGACAACAACCACCACCACCACCACCACCACCAUCAGCAGCGAUCUGCCUCUCCCACACGCGUCAACCUCUACACCUCGGGUUCCCUCUCUCCCUCCGUCCGCUUCUCCAUCGACCACCGCUCAAUCUCCCCAAACCGUAACCAGGUCAUCGCGAGCCACCACAGCCCCAUGUCGAUCCCCAAAAAGAGGUGUACGUGCUCGCCGACCACGCAUCCGGGUUCGUUUCGCUGUCAUCUACACAAAAAAGCAUCAAACAGUCGCGGGAGCCAUCAUGCGGCGCCGUAUCCGAACAAUGGCCUGAACAUGCGAAGAUCGGCAAUGAAGAACUCGCUGGUUAGGAUCGGAGGCGUAGAGGGAGAGUGGGUCAAGAGAGCAUUGACCGCUCUGAUCAGGCCCUCAUCGCAUCAGCUAAGGAGAAGAGCCGCGUUCGAGCCCACGCCGAGCCGGCUCUCGAUCAUGUCCAGAGUUGAGGAUCUGUGAGUUUCCUUUCUGUUGUGCACAGGUUGGUUCAUGCUUUUCCGGUCAUCUUUGAAUUUUUGAGUCCUAGAUUCCGGUGAGGAGGUCGGAAUCCGCUGGAGGAGCUUGUCAACGUAUUCGUCAGCGGCGAGUUUGAAUGCCAAAGUACGGUGCAGUAAUGAGGAACCCGGAUCAAAUAUUGUGCGGCACUUGAAGAAAUAGAACCGAGCCAACUCUUGCAAUGCUCCACCGCUUGUGCGGCCCCGUCAAUUCUUGCAAACGUACUCUGCGGGAUACCUUGCUACAAUACUGCACGGGUCGUACAGCGCCUAGUAUCUAUCGUUUUCGGCAGGACUACUGGAUAUCUAAUCCCAUUCGCUCUCUAGUUUUCGUCUCUCAGUAUCAGCUUUCACCGUUGGUGUUCUUUUCAAUCUCUGCGCAUUUCACAGCUUCAACGGAAGUCGGCGCCCCGAAACCGUAGCUGUUCUAUUCGGAGCGGGGGACCGAAGAGAAAAUUUCUUCUGUACAUAUGGAUUUGGUGUGGGUGGAGAGUUUUUUGGACACUCAUAUAUGUCUCCGACAAAUUAGUAAAAAUUAAACAAUCAUAAUUAAUUAGUACCAA